AUGCACCUCACCUUCAUUGUGGCAUUCACUGUGUUGAUUCUCGUCAACUUCUCAAAUGUCAAUGGUCUCUCCACGCUGGAUAAUGCCGUCAAGGACAUUUUGUUGACAGAUCUUGCUAAAGAGAUAAACGAAGAGUUGAAAAAGCUGUCACAAAAUGAUCAAAGUAUUCCUAGUGAACUCAGAAAGAAACGUGGUUUGAAUGAUAUAAUUUUAGGCCUUGCUGCUUUAGGUAGAAAAUAA